AUGGCAGCACCCGCCCUCGGCCCGCGGAUCUUGUUUGCUGCCAAUGUCGAGCGUGGGCAGUACGGAGUCUUCUUGGCCACGGCAGACGCUCUUUUGCGCUCCAACGCCGGGGUGGAACUGCAUUUUGCCUCGUUUCCGUCUCUGGAAAAGGAAGUGCGCGCAAUCUCGGACGAGGCUAUCCUCGCCACCAAUGGGGCAGCCAAGCCCAUAACAUUCCACCCUCUGCGAGGUCAGACACACGCAGAAGCCGUCCUGGCCAGAAACACGGAGAAAUAUGGCCAAGGUAGUUCGGUGCCUCCUCUGGCCUUUUCACAGCCUCUCAACGCUUCGACCACCAUGACGACGACACGCGAUUUGUGCACCUAUCUGCUUGGAUGGGACGGGCCCGGAUUCAUGCAUGUGUAUGACUCUUUCAGCGACAUCAUCAAAGCGGUCACGCCGCAUCUCAUCGUCGUAGACGUACUGCUUUCGCCUGGAAUCUCUGCUGCCUGGAAUUCUGGGAUACAAUUCUCCUAUCUCAGCCCAAACUCCAUCAAAGACUUUGCAGCCACUUACCAACCACUCGCCAUGUUGUGGAAAUGGCCAGCCCUCAUGAGUGGAUAUAGCUACCCAGUUCCUUGGUAUCAAAAGCCGUUAAACAUGUUUCACUACCUACACAUGGUCUAUCAAAUUCUUAGAGAGCCCGGCUUGGCAAAAACGAAACGCCAUGUGGAAGAGAAGACGGGUAAACCCAUGAGAUCUUUGAUCAACACGGGAAACAGCCUGCCAGACAAUGCCAGAAUUUUCGUCGGCAGUCUGCCCGAGCUGGAUUUCCCCCUCAAGAGCCAUCCGCGGAUCGUGCCAUGCGGCCCCAUUAUCAGCGAGGCAUCGCCAAUUUCAGAGUCGGAUCCCAAACUCGCCAGCUGGCUCACCAACGGGCCUACCAUUUACGUCAACUUGGGCUCUCUGUUCAAGCUCAAAGAAGAUCGCGCCGUGGAGCUCGCAAAGGGCCUGAAUAUGGCAAUUGAUCAGUUGGAGCGCAAGACUCCGGAUGGCCCGUACAUGCAGGUCCUGUGGAAACUCAAAAAAGACGGACAUUAUGAUGCGACAGGUCCAAAGUCCAGGAUUCGGGCUGCUUUUGACGACAAGAUGGACAGCGACCGUGUUCGCAUUGUCGACUGGCUCGACUCUCCUCCCCUUGCAGUCUUGCAAGGCGGCAACAUUGCCUGCUCCGUUCAUCACGGAGGUGCCAGUUCGUACAACGAAGCGAUUUUGGCCGGUGUACCGCAUGUGGUCCUUCCGUUUUGGACAGACUGCUAUGAGUAUGCAAAUAGAGUCGAGUUUCUGGGCAUCGGCCGCAGGGGCGCUCGGAAGCAUCAGCCAGUCUUUGAAGCUACAGAACUCUCAGAAGUUUUGGUAGAGGUAAUCAAUGGGAAGCAAUCCCAGACUAUGAAACAGAGAUCACUAGAGCUCGCGCACUUGUGCAAGCAGAAUGGAAGUGGUCCCGAGAUUGCGGCGCAGGGCAUCGUGAAGCUUGCCACGGAGGGAGCUGCGGAGGCGGCCAAGGGAACGCCGCAAUGA